AUGAAAGAUCGAUUGAUUCUACGGAAUCCUUUAAUCUGCAUCUUCGACAUUGGCUUUGGCUUUGGCAAUGCACGCAUUUGUUAUGAUGUUGAGAUCCCAAAAAAAAUCCACUUCAUUCAUCUAAUUAGCGAUGACAAAAAUGAAAAACAACAAGAAUUCUUUUACACAUCACAUGGAGAGGAGGAGGAAUUGGCAUUGUAUUUGUGUCCCAAACGUGGAUACAUUGAUAUAACAACAGAAGUCCCGUUCCCUUCUGGCGCACCUAUUGGUUCAUGUAAUGGAACUUUCUGUUUGUGGACUAAAAAAGGUUUGAUUCUAUGGAACCCUUCAAUCAGGCGCAAACUAAUCGUGCCUGAAUUUCCUCAGAGAUCUGAACCCUUUACGUUGCGAGGGAUUGGGUUUGGAUUCGAUCCAAUCAGUGAUGACUACAAAGUUGUCCAGACAUCAAAUGUCAAAGGCAACAAUUCAUUUGUUUAUGCUGUGAAGAGUGGCACAUGGUGUGAGAUUGCUUCCCCUAAACAUCAAAAUCAGAUUCAGAGUAUCCGUUACGAUUCCUUUUUUUUCAAUGGAGUGUUGCAUUGGGUGACAUAUAUUAAUCAAAGAGAAAAGAAAACCGGAUGCAUUAGUUGUAUACUAACAUUCAAUUUGAGCACUCAUGUUUUUGAUAUGAUUCCAGUGCCUAUGUCCGUUCGGAUUUGGGUGACAUCGGGACUAACAACCAUGCAAGGUUCUUUAGCUUUGAUUUCUUGUAAUGAUGAAAUUAGUGAAAGUUGGAUUCGGGUAUGGAGAGAUGCUUCGUGGUCUGUGGUUUUUAAAUUGAAAACAGAUCAACUUUUUAUUUUAGGUGUUUUGGAAUUGCAUCCGCAAGCUUUGUUGCUCAAUACUUUCUCUCAUGGGCUCCAUGUUUAUAAUCUCAAGACGGGGGUGUCAUCAAGAGUAGGCGACUUCAAUGCUGCUUCAAGUUUACGUAACUUUUAUCAGUGUGUUGAAACCCUUCAUUUGUUAGACAUGGGGGAGACUAUUGCUGAAACGGAACUACAUAACUACUAUGAAAGAAAAAAAAAUAACAACAUUACAUUUUGA